AAACGAUCAGGAUCAAGCUCCUGAUUGAGUUGGAUGAAAUAGUAUCCUCGAUAAAAUGAGUUUUGGAGCGGAGAGACAGGAGCGUUGCAUAUGUGAAAUAGAUCCGGCAAGCCCCCCUUAGAAGCCCUAGCACGAGGCAAUGUAUAAAUGAAGAAAAAGAAACCUUCUCCAUUCUCCGGCACAUAAUACUGACAUCUAUGUGUUGGCAGAAUGUUACCCUACAGAUCCAAAUACAGAUACAAUAUUUGAAAUGUCAAGUGCUGGCGUACUGAUUCCUGAUACAAGGCAGGAUUGUGGCUAUACCUCCCUAUCAACACCCGCAUCCGCAUUUGAUAUUAAUGCAACCUCCUCAAUCCAAAAAAUCCAAAAAAUCCCCGCAGUUUCGAUACUGCACUUGCUUUGAGCCUUCAUCUUUAUAUUGCUAAGUUUAUAGGUAUGAGAUAAUUUCCAUUUGAUUGACAGCAUAUUGAUCAAUUUCGUUCUGGAAAUUUCUGGGAAUCUCCAGACUGGACUGAGGCCUCGACAUGAACCUUUGUAUAUUUUGUUCUUGGGGACCGCCGGGUCCGGAAAAUAUAGGAUAAAGAAUAGGGUAAGUUACGCAUACUUUAGGGUUGAUUGAAGGUGGCACGAUAACUGGAAACUAGAUCAUUUAUAAUCAACUCCUCCCGCAUAAUACUUUUUUCAACCCAACACCCGAAGAACUUUCCCAAAAGUCUGUCACUAUCGAUUCCGAACAACAUAUCAUGGAUAUCGCGAAAUUGGACAGUGAACAUGAUGUCUCGUGCAUGAGUUACAUAUUCGAUACGCUGAUGGAAUCAUACUGAUGUAUUCCAUCUGUUGGCCUGAAUCUUUCUCCGUGCUAGAAUCUCUCUGGACUUCCGUGAAACUGCUGAAAGUUCGGGAGAAAAAAGGUCCAUACGUUGAUGUAGUCAAGACUAUGAGUGAUUUGUGGGAGAAGAGAAGUGUGAAGACCGAAGAUGGAAAAGCGUUGACCCAGAGAUUGAACUGUGGGUUCGCAGAGUGGUAAAGAGAGUUUUAAGGAGAUUUCUAGCGUAGUUUUCUCGACGUGUCUGAAUAUUAUAGGCGUUUUGUCGACGGAUGCUCUGGUAAUUAUGGCCAUGAGAACCUGACUCGGGAAUAAUGCGAUAUUCGACACGGAUUUGUGGUAAAGCUAAUGAUUAAUUAUAUCCAUACAUACAAAGGAUGAUGAUGUAUCUAACCAUUCUUACUAGUGGUGUAAGGUUAACUAUCGGUUUUGUAGAGAAACAUAUUUCUGGAAUUUAAGAUGGACACA